CGGACUUGAAUCUUUCCGAAUUCAAGCCACCAUCGUUUCUUCACGCUCUCUAUCUCUCUCCUUUCACAGUCUAUUACGAUAUCACUCACUUAUUACUGUCGCUAAUUUAGUUCCCUUCGAAUUGUGCUGCCUGGCUUCUAUCCCAAACUCCCCUGACCUUGAACCUGAACCAAUAUUACCCAGUAUAAAAUCGUCCUUUUGUCGUCCCAACACAUUUCUUCUUGUAUGAGACGAACUUUGCCUUCCACCCUCCUCGAGGCAACUUCUAGAUCUCCCACUCCUCUGCGGCCUCCUCCUUUCCGUCAACAAUCUACCUUUACUCUGAACGAGUCCGAGAACCUUCCUCCCACUGCUCACCGUCCGCCCACCAUGUCGGCGGACGCUGCCGACUCCGACGGUGAGCUACAAGGCCGUGGCCAGCAGAGUCCUCUGGCCAGACAACGAGCCAAUGCAGAAAACCCUCGCCGGAGCCGAUUUGAGAACCUGUUUCCUCUCGGGUACAAAGAAGGCUUCAGUCAGUGGUGGAGCAAUAUUCCCGCCGCCCACGCAGAACACAAGGUCCUGUCCUACAUCCCUUACCUACAAACACCUCCCACACACACCCAAACGGGCUCGGAACCUCCGUCGCAAAACCCGUCGACCUUGUCUGUAGUCGACACGUCACCCUCGGCGAAAGCAGCGCCCAUCACAACCAAUUCCAUCACAGACCCCUACGGCCCUCGGACGUGGUAUUCGCGCAUGGUCACUUUGUCAGGCAAGAAUCGAGCCCUGAACGAGUUCUCCGUGGAACGAACUGGCGAAGAAGUCGACCAAAACCUGGUCAUAUUACAUGGUUAUGGAGCUGGCUUGGGAUUUUUCUACAAGAACUUCGAAGCAUUAUCCAGGGCCAAAGGAUGGCAAUUGUACGCGCUAGACAUGCUGGGAAUGGGUCGAUCGUCGAGACCACCGUUCAAGAUCAAGGCCAAGACGCGCGAGGAACAAAUAACAGAAGCAGAGAACUGGUUCAUUGACUCGCUGGAAGAGUGGCGGGUGAAGCGCAACAUCGAAAAAAUGACUCUGGUCGGUCAUUCGAUGGGUGGCUAUAUGGCCGUAUGUUAUGCGCUCAAGUACCCGGGACGACUGAACAAACUUAUCCUUGCUUCGCCUGUCGGUAUUCCGGAAGAUCCCUAUGCCACCCACGCGGCGAUGCCCGAACCAUCUGAGUCGACCUUCCAGAGCGAAUUCACCCAAGAUCAGGAAACUGAAAGCACAGCAAGCAAGGACAACAACAAUUUCCUGAACGCUCGUCAAAAAGCAGAGCAGGCUCAGCAAAAGCCCACCCCGAACCGUCUUCCGGCAGAUCAGACAGGAGGAGCCACGCCUCCGAGGCGGCCGUAUCCCAGGUGGCUAACAUAUCUUUGGGACGCCAACAUUUCCCCCUUCAGUUUCGUCCGGUGGACUGGCCCAUUCGGUCCACGAUUGGUCUCAGGCUGGACGAGUCGACGUUUCUCGCAUCUUCCAUAUGAGGAGGCCCUUGCGCUGCACGACUACAGCUACAGCUUGUUUCGGCUCCGGGGGAGUGGAGAAUACGCUCUGGCAUACAUUCUGGCACCUGGUGCUUUCGCCAGAAGUCCGUUGAUUCGACGGAUACACGGACUUGGUCGGCAACCUCUUCAAACCGAAUCUCCAGCCGAAUCAACCUUCGAAAAGGGUCUACCGGUCGUGCUUAUGUACGGUGAGAACGACUGGAUGGAUGUCAAGGGUGGUUACGCUGCUAAGAAAAAGAUCGAUGCUGAACGUGAGCGAGUCCUGAAAGGAAAGUCGAAGGACGAAGUGGCCGAAGACCAAGGUGGUGCCAAGGUGGUGAUUAUCAAGAAAGCUGGCCAUCAUGUUUAUCUGGACAGUCCAGAAGAGUUUAAUGAUGUUAUGCUUGCUGAGAUGGAGGAUGUGAGGAAACGUAGUGAAGGACUGAAGACUGGUGGCAUGAGUGGCGUCCAGAUUGUGAACAGAAACAGUGACUGAAGAUUGGUUUACAUGGACAGCAUCUAACGUGAUUGCACUUUUAAAUCAUCCAACAACCUUAUCAACUACGGUUUAUCCAAUAAGGCCAAUUCCCCUUGGGAAAGCAGGCUUCGUCAAGUCAGAAUCUUUCGACAUAUAAUAGAUCACGCGCCAUGCAAGUCGCAUAUCGACCAAAGCCGUGGGAAUACACUUUCCAAAGGUCCCCAGUGGUUGCCUACGAAGAGGCCUCUGAGGUUUGAAGCAUUGCACCCAAGCUGUCGACACUUGUUCGAUAAUGGAAAUAUAAGAAAGCAUCGGAGCACACGGUUGUGUUGAGCUUUAUGGUUGUUCGGCGUCAAAAUGAUGCCCGCAAAGAAUCGCUUUCUGUACAAAUACAUGGUUUGCACUGUGGCGACUCAUCAGAAGCAUGUCAAAUGAUCAAUGAAGGACUCGAUUGCUUUGUAUAUAUUAUAUCCCGCAUUUCGCCGGGGUCAUAUCGCCUGGGAUGCGCAGGUUAUAGAGAGAGCAAACCUGGUAGCUUUGCUUUCCGAACCUCUUCUUUAGCUUACACGAAGACACACAGAUGAAUAACUAGAUGAAUCCCAAGGUGGAAACGACUUCUCCCAACAUCCAUUCACAUCGUUCAACCUUUUUUAUACUCCUUCAAGUCAACAACGUCGACAACUUUUGGCUCACGUCUGUCCGGCUUUCUCUUUUUGGCUUCCUCCGACAGAAGAGAAAAGACGCCCUCUUCUCACUCUGAAUCAGAAAAGGGGAAGAAAGAAAAGUGGUGGUGGUUUGAGCAAGAUGUUUUGCAUAUGAGGGAUUUUCCCCCUUCGGGUGUGUAGAAAGGGAGAAAAUCAAGUAGGAUUUGAUAAAUAUCAUCCCCGAGAAGAGAAAACUUCCGGUCUGGCUUGUCCUGUCCGGAUCCUUCUUACAAGUGUACAUAUAAUACUGCAACAUUUCCAAAAUUUGCAUAAUAGCCAAAUCAGUUACAACUUGUUCAUGAUCCAUCCAGAGGAGAUACAUGUAAUCCAUUCCAAUCACCAUCUCGGAAUGUCUGUCCGUCUGUCCGUCUGACUAUACCCCCACAUGACAAUCAAAACCUAUGCAAGGGUCCCAUCAUGAUGACAAACACAAGUGACCACAGUUUCGUGGCCGAGUGGGCUUUACGAACAAGAGAUGAAACCCCUCCGCCUGUGUAUUGCGAC